CCCUAAAACCAAAACAAAAAAAAACUCAGUAGCUUCUAAAUUACAUGAAACUAGUAACCGAGUUUCCCCUUUGCCCUCUUUGUACUUGUUACUGAACUCAACAUAACCCAAAGUACAAACUAAAACCUUGCCGGAAUAUUCACCGGAGUUUCUCUUCAACCGCCGAAAAUGCGUCUUCGAGGAUGGGAUUCCAUCGAAAUUUCCCCUCUCAUUUCGAAGUAGAUCAGAGCUUCACUUUGCACUUCAAUUGUGCCAUUGCCAUAAAGCGGUUUGUUUUAAUAUAUUCAUAUCGAUGAAAGUUAGUAAAUCUAUUUACACCGUACAUGCAACUAUGCAUUAGGAAGAAAAUUCUGGAUUUGAAUUCAGUUUUUGUUGCUAACUCAUUGCUGAAGUCAUGCACUUGUAAUUAAUCUAUGGAGUUCUCCUGUUAGGGCAAUUUAUAUUUUAAUGUUCACUUGAUAAUCUUUGUCCAAGUAGUUUGCUGAAUCUAGUCUGUUUGCUUAUAUCAGACGGGGGCUAUGGAUGUGUCAGAGUCGGGACGUGAAAAUGGUGAAUCUGGCUGUCAGGCGAAAAAGACUGACGACACCCCCGUGACGGGCACUUCUCAGAAAACUCGAGGGGGUGCUGAGUCUCGAUUUCGGAAAAGAAGCAAAUAUUUAUCUUACCCAUACACAAAUAGUGAACCAAGACUUAAAAGUUUUCCAGCUGAAACAGAAGAAUCAAAGACUCCUAGUCCCGCUCCUAAAGCAAAAGCUUCAAGCAGAACCGGUAAUCCUAAAAAUGGAUCUCAGUCAUCAACUAAAUUGGGUGCCAAUAGGUUCCAAAAUAACUGGUACAGAAAAUUCAUUAGCUGUAGUAAAAUGUCUAGCAGUCCAAAAUUCAUCGGUGCAUCUUCCAGUGACUUACUUUCAGGACUGCACUCUUUAGCUGCUGGUAGUAUGUCUCCAAUUAAAGAUAAGAGGUUUGAUAUGGUUGAGUGGUUCUUCUGCAAAUAUAGAAUAUCAAAGUAUCAUGAUGAGACUGAACUUGCUACUUCCCUGUUUAAUCUGAAUGAAGGGAAAACAUCGAAACCUGUGGACAAUGGUGUUGUGGAUACCAAAAGUGAGAAGAAGAGAAAGAACACUCAGACAGAAAGUGCAGCAAGGCGUAAGAUGAAAUCUCUUUCUGGCCUAUCCGAUACAAAUAAUAAUGUUUCUACCGGCGAUUGCACAGGUUCGGGGAAAAAACCCAAACAAAAGAGGAAGGUGGAAGAAAUAACUUCGCAGAAUCAGCUACAAAAUGCAGGGACCACUUCCCAAAAUCAUAAUUCCCCUUCUGAAAAAAAGACCAAGCCUAAAAAGAGACCGAAGUUGGAAGCUGCACAAGAGCAUCAAGGGGCUCAAUCUGCUUCGCAUUUGGAUGCAAAAAGUAUCGAAUGCAACUCACUAGUUGUAGAUUUGCAGGUUAUGCCCCCACCUAUGUCGGUUGAUUUUCAUCAGAAAAGUAAUGGUGAAAUUAAGGAAGAACAAGUUUCUAAUGUUUCAAACCCAAAGUUACGUGUCUCCCAAGGAGAACUUGAUGGAAAUGUUACCCCUAGUAACUUGCUAGGGAGCACAUCAGAGGCUAGUACUGUCGCCCCCGUAGAAGGACUUGUUGGAAAUAUUACCAAUCACAACUUGUUCAAUGAUACUACAUCAGAUGUUGACAAUGUCUCAAUAAAUAAAACAGGGAUGGAGGUAGCACCAGAGGAGCUGAUUGAUGAUGUCUCAAUAAAUAUAACAGGGAUAGAGGUAGCACCUGAGGAGCAUCCACGAAAGAUACCUGAUUUGAACAGUGUUAGCUUUGAAUCAUGUUCUACGAGAAAAGAGUCUGAGAAUGUCAACAUGCUUUUACCUGAAUUGCAAUCACAACACCCAAGAAGUUUAUCUGCUUGUUCAAGAAUUACCAAAGCUGUAAACCUUGAUAGAGUGGAGAUCAUUGGAGAAUCACCUGGAACCUUUCUCUUCCUACAAUUUGCUCAAGGACCAGGAGUUGAUAUCCCAUCAAACGAGGAUUUGUUGAAAACAUUUUGCCAGUUUGGUCCUUUGAAAGCAACCGAAACUCAUUUGAUAAAAGACAACACCAGUGCUCAAAUUGUUUUUGUUAACAGCCCAGAUGCUACUGAAGCAUUGCGUAGUUUAGAGCAUAACAAACCAUUUGGUGCAACUCUUGUGGGCUACAGGCUCCAUUACCCUCCUGCUGUGGUGGCUCCACCAUUGGAGCACUUCAGGACUCCAACUCAGCCAUCUAUCUCCAUGUCAAUGUCUGGUGAGACACCUCCUCCCCUUCAGGUUAUUAAGCAAAAGUUGCAGAUGAUGUCAUCAGUGCUGGAGAACUCGGGGAAUAAUCUUUCACCCGAGACGAGAGCCAAAUUGGAAAAUGAAAUAAAUAAUCUGCUGGGAAAGGUGAAUUCUAGGACUAAUAGAGUAUGAAAUAUUAGUAUGUGAAGUUGUCCUAUUUAAAUUAAGCAUCACUGUAGUGAGAUUUAUAUGUAGGUUAUAUUAGACUAGUUUGGGUUUCUGUUCUAGUCCUUCAGGUGUUGCUCUGUUGGACUUUCCUACCCAUUCUUUGAUUUUGCACAAAAUGGCGCAAGGGGAUAUGUAUUACUGAUUGUCAUUUGACUACCAUCCCAAUCAAAUAUUUAUCAAAUCUUUCAUCCA